UAGUUAUAGUUCUAGCACAGCAAGCAAGCAAGCAAGUGAAGAAGAAAUUAAUCGAUCUGAUCUAAGUGAAGUGAAGUGAAAUUAAUUAAAUGGCGGCCUCAGUGGUGAGCUCGUUGAACCUGAAGCCAGCUCGGUUCACAGUUGAUCAGAGCGUGAAGGGUGUUCCUUCUCUAGCCAGGACCUCAUCCUCCUUCAAAGUUCAAGCCAGUGGUGUCAAGAAACUCAAAACUGACAAGCCCUACGGUGUUAAUGGGAGCAUGGCUUUGAGGGAUGGACUUGAUGCAUCUGGAAGGAAGGGAAAGGGAAAGGGUGUUUACCAAUAUGUAGACAAGUAUGGAGCUAAUGUUGAUGGAUACAGCCCCAUCUACAAUGAGGAUGAGUGGUCACCCACUGGCGAUGUUUAUGUUGGCGGUAAAACUGGGUUGUUGAUAUGGGCAAUUACUUUGACGGCAAUUCUGGCCGGUGGAGCACUCCUCGUUUACAACACCAGUGCUUUGGCACAAUAAAUUUAUUAUUGUAAUAAUUAUUUGGUAUUCCUGUUACUACUUUAUUCCUGUCAUUGAACAUAUUAAUAUCAAUGUUUUCAAAAUACAUUAAGAUAAUAUCAUCUA